GAAGUCUGUUAUAGGCUGUUAUUAGACAAUACAUUACGUACAAGCCACCAUGUAUUACUCUAAUCAUUCAUGUCAUUAUAUCCAGCAAAACAUCUCCGGCUUCUGCAUUCUAUACGACAACGAAAUCGAAAAAAUUCUCCGAUAGACGACAGUCCCAGAAUUGUCGUAUUGGGAUCUCAUUGGACAGGCAUCGCUGUAAUGUUCUCCAUCUCCAUGACCCAGUCUCUGUUCCGGUAGAAGAAAUCAACUCAAAACCGAGGGAAGGUUUAGCCCUUCAGCCUUUUUUACUGUUGGGCAGCCGCAGACAUAAUGUACGACAAAUUAAACCCUCUGAUUAAUUCUUUAAACAAAUCCUUAAUCACUUCUUAUCACCUAAUUCAAUAAUUGCAGACUAUACCCCCAGAAUAGUCACCAGUCCACGGUCCAAAAAACCCACCGAAAAGCAUUCAUCUUUGUCUCUAGAACCAGCAACCCAGUUGAUGGUUUCGAGUUUUGAAUCGACCCAGAUGAAGUUCCGGAUUGGAUGUGUGUUGUUUGUUGUGUUGUGUCUUUGUUCUGGAGCAAAUUCCCAGUGCGGUAGUAGCCAAAGCUGCGAUGCUUUGGGUUCUUAUUACUUAUGGCAGGGCACCAAUCUCACCUUCACCGGAACGUUAAUGAACACCAGCGACGCCAUCAUAGCCAGUGUUAACAAAUUGCCGAACAAGGACAGUGUUCAAUCCGGGACGAGGGUCAAUGUUCCGUUCAGCUGUGGCUGCAUAAAUGGUUCGUUUCUGGGCCACGUGUUCGAGUACGACAUCGUCAAAGGCGACACGUACGAAAAGGUUGCGAGUUUGUACUAUGCCAACCUGACCACGGCGGAUGCUAUGGCGUGGUUCAAUGAGCACCCUGAGAUUGACAUACCCGAUAAUGCGAAGCUGAAUGUGGUGGUCAACUGUUCGUGUGGGAAUAGCGCGGUUUCCGAGGACUAUGGGUUGUUUAUCACGUACCCACUUCUGCCCGGAGACAGUCUGGCUUCGAUUGCUCAGGCGGAGAAUCUGGAUCAGAGUUUGCUGCAGGAUUAUAAUCCGGGUGUGAACUUUAGCGGAGGGAGUGGUUACGUGUACAUUCCGGGCAAAGAUCAAAAUGGAAGCUAUGUGCCUUUGAAGCAAAGUUCAGCUGGUAUGACCUUCUCCAAAAGUUGGUCUGAUAUCCAAUGCCAAUGUGUAAGGGUUGACUCAGCAAUCAACAGUAAUUUGAGCUCAAUUUUUGUGUCUGUAUAAGCAGGACUGGCAGGUGGAGCCAUUGCUGGCAUAAUUGUUGGAGUAAUUGCUGGAGUGCUGUUAGUGGCUGGUUUUGUAUAUUUUGGAUUUUACCGAAAGAAGAAGGUGGACACAACUGCACUGUUACCAACAUCUGAACAAUCUUCUCAAAAUGGGCGCUCCCUUGGAAUUAUCCCAGAUAAAUCUACUGAAACCAACAGUGCUUCUAGAGGCCCAACAGGCAUUACCGUGGACAAAUCAGUGGAGUUCUCUUUUGAAGAACUUUCCAGGGCUACUGAUAACUUCAGUCUGGCUAAUAAGAUUGGACAAGGUGGUUUUGGGGCUGUUUACUAUGCCGAGCUGAGAGGCGAGAAAGCUGCAAUCAAGAAGAUGGAUAUGCAAGCAUCAAAAGAAUUUCUUGCCGAAUUAAACGUUUUGACUCGUGUACAUCACUUGAAUCUGGUGCGCUUGAUUGGUUAUUGUGUUGAGGGAUCCCUUUUUCUCGUAUAUGAAUACAUUGAAAAUGGCAAUUUAAGCCAACAUCUGCGUGGUUCAGAGAGGGACCCAAUACCAUGGUCUAAUAGAGUGCAGAUUGCCCUGGAUUCAGCAAGAGGUCUUGAAUACAUUCAUGAGCAUACUGUUCCUGUUUAUAUCCACCGUGACAUAAAGUCAGCCAAUAUAUUAAUAGACAAGAACUACCAUGCAAAGGUUGCAGAUUUUGGAUUGACUAAACUGACUGAAGUUGGAAGUACAUCACUCCCCACGCGUCUUGUGGGAACAUUUGGAUACAUGCCACCAGAAUAUGCUCAGUAUGGCGAAGUUUCUCCCAAAGUAGAUGUAUAUGCUUUUGGAGUCGUCCUUUAUGAACUAAUCUCUGCCAAGGAAGCAGUUGUGAGGGCAAAUGCUUCUGGAGCAGAAUCAAGGGGCCUUGUUGGUUUGUUCGAGGAAGUCCUUAAUCAGCCCGAUCCAAGAGAAGAGCUCCAAAAAGUGGUUGACCCUAGGCUUGGAGACAGCUACCCACUUGAAUCAGUCCGCAAGAUGGCCCAACUUGCCAAAGCAUGCGUGCAUGAGAAUAAAGAAUUGCGCCCAAGUAUGCGAUCUAUUGUUGUUGCGUUAAUGACACUUUCAUCAUCAACUGAAGAUUGGGAUGUCGGAUCCUUCUACGAAAAUCAGUCUCUUGUCAAUCUAAUGUCAGGAAGGUAGAAUCUGAUGCAAAAUGUUGUUUGUGUUUAUAGGAAGUUUCUUUGAACAUUACGAAUAUAAGAUAUCAUAGACAUUGUACAGACACAUAAUCGAGCACUGUGAGUCUUUUGUAAACUGUACAUACAUAAUAUCAUUAAAGUAUCAAUGAAGAGGUAAAAGUUACAUA